AUGCUGGGGAAUUUUUUAUCAAGAAGGUUUGCUUCAAGAGUUGCACAAUCAGGUUCCAGUAAUAUGACUAUUCCAAAAAGACCAUUAAAGAAGAUUCGGUUAGGUAAGGCCAGACCUGCUAUAUAUUAUCAAUUUGAUGUGAAAGUUGAGUUAAGUGAUGGAAGUGUGAUUAAGAGAAGAUCUCAAUUCCCAAAAGAUGAGAUAAGAUUGAUUCAAGAUCAAAGAAAUAAUAUAUUGUGGAAUAAAAGCAGAACAGACUUGGUUGUUGUCGAUGCCAAUGCUGGCGGUAGCAUGGAUAAGUUUAAACAAAAAUAUAGUUCUAUAUUUAAUGUUGAAGACAGUAAGAAAGGAAUGGGAGCGGAUGCUAUUGAGGAGGAAGUAGCGGCAAACAUAGUUGAUGCUGCAAAGGAGACCUCAGAAAAGACAAAAUCUGUUAAAUCCGGAAAAAUCACUGAGGAUUCCAAGAAGGAUGAACCGGAAGUGGAACACGAUGCAUUUGGUGUUGACGAUUAUUUGUCUAUCUUGGAUGAUGAAUCGUCUCAAAUUAAGUCAGGCAAAUUGGCAGUUAAACAAAGACAAAAGAAGAAAUAA